UUUUGUUUCUGAAUUAUUGUUCAAAAUCUAAUAAAUGCAUUUACAAUAAUUGGACAUUAUUUGGAAAUAAAGUCAACGGCUAUUCAGUGUCUUGAAAUAACUUCUUAAAUUUUAAGACGUGAACUUACAUUGAUUGGACAUAAAUCAGACUUGGUCAACGGCUGUUCAGAGAAAUUGUUGUGUGUAAUUGUACAAAAUUAAUUGUAACCAUUAUAAAAUGGGGAAAAAGUUGCAUAAGGAGAUUGUUACAGAUGAUGAAGAUGAAGACAUCUCUUCCGAUGAUAAUUCAUUUGUUGUUAAAAAAAUUAACAGAAAAAAAUACAGAAAGCAUCAGGAAAAUAAAUUAAAACCUCAACGUAAAAAUAAAAAAAGGAAACGUUGUUCUGACUGCCAGGCGCUGUGUCAGACUGAAGGUUCAAAACUUUUUCACGAGAAAGGGUCUCAAAUUGAGGAACCUAAGGGUACUGCAGGACUACCUAAACACGAUCAACGUCCUUUUCCAAUCAUUAUACCACAGGGCCUUAACAAAAAAUGCAGAAGUCAAAAAAUUAAUGCAGCUGCACGUCGAGCUUUGAUUAGCAGACCAAAUCAGCAAUUAAGAAGUUGUACCUGUUUACCGAUGAUUAUAAUUCCAGACAUUUCUCACCGGACUCAAGCUGCCCGGGCAAUGAUAUGGGAAAUGAAGCAGGAAGAGCGACAAAAAAGGUGUCGAGAUUUGAUUGAGAAGAGGAGACAACUUCAAGAAAAGCAAAAACGAACCUGCCGUAAAAAAGCUAAAAAGCGUGGUAAGAAGCCAAGAUAUCAGAGGCGCAAAGCAGCAAGGGCAGUAAGAAAAAAAUAUAGAACAGUCAAAUCAAGUACUAUUAUCUUACGAAGAAACUCUCCUGCAAGUACUUGUAAGGGAAAAAAAAUACGUCCGCGAAUUUACUAUACAUACCCGAGGUCUAGAAAAAUGUUUUACAAGUGCAAAUGUGGAAAUAGAAGGUCUUUAACGAUAAAUAAAUUUAUGAAUAUACCGGAAAGCGAUACUGGAUCAGUUUGUAACUGCUCCAGCCAAUCAUAACUCCCCUUUUGUAAGAUAUAGGCAAUCUAAGAAUGCACUUUCCUUAAAGUACCAACAAAACUACACACCACCGAAGUAUAGAUAAAAAUAAAGGAAGUGCUUCUUGCAGUCUACAGACUGGUAGAAGGUUGUUUCACUCUCAAACCCCUAUACUGACUUUACCUCAAAACAGAAAUAUUGUGUCAUCAACUUGAAGCCGAAAUAAAUCAUAAUAUUGCAAUUCAUAUUCGAUAAAUCUAAUAUGACAUUCUUACUUGAAGAAACUGGUGAUGUCUGCUGACUAAUAGAACACUGUGCAAUUCUCAGCCACUUAUAUGCACUAUAUCUUUGAUGUGUCUACCUCAUUUUCAUAAUUAUUAUAGCAUCAUCUUUAUAGCAUCAUCUUCCAUUCUCAGGAAUGGAAUCGAGGAAGAAAAAAAAUGGGAAGAUAUUCAAAGAAAAAAAAAAAUAUUCGAUGAAGAAGCUAUAUAAAUGUAUAUAAGCUAUAUAACACAUGCUUCUAUUUUGAUAUGUAAUUGCAAUUCAUAUUAGAUAAAUCUAAUAUGACUUCUUUACUUCUAGAAAGUACUUGCAGUCUACUAACUGAUCGAAAACUGUGAAACUCUCAGCGACUUUUAUGCACUAUUUCUUUAAUGUGUCUACUUCAUGUUCAUAAUUAUUACAACAUCAUCUUUAAUACACCAGGAAUGGGGUAGACGAAGAAAAAAAUUGGGAGAUAACCGAAGCAGAAGCUAUAUAAAUGUAUAUAAGCUAUAUAAGACAUGUUUCUAUUUUGAUAUGUAAUUGCAAUUCAUAUUAGAUAAAUCUAAUAUGACUUCUUUACUUCAAGAGAGUACUUCUUGCAGUAUACUGACUGAUAGAAAGGUGUGCAAUUCUCAACGACUUAUAUGCAAUAUUUAUUUGAUGUGUCUAACUCACCUUCAGAAUUAUUGUGGCAUUAAAUUUAAUACCGAAAUCGAACACAAAGAAAAGAAAUGCUGAGGUAUCGAAAGAAGAAGCUAUGAUGAAGAAUGAACAGUUCCGGUACAAAUAUUCUAGACCUACUUAACAUUGCAAUUCAUAUUAGAUAAAUCUGAUAUGACUUUCUCACCUGACUUUCCCCCUAUUAUAAUCUGGAUUAAUGUCUUUGGUAUCUAUUAUUGUUCCCGAAAAAGCAAAAAUUUAAUUGUAGCUAAUGAUUCUAUACAAAUUCUAUACAAAUCCUUGGAGCUAAUUAAUUUGGUUAUAAAUUCUUAUAUGUAUAUUUAGGAGAAGUAUGAUGUAGUAUGACUUUGAUAAAAAUAUGUGCGAUUGAGUUCUUGAAUUAAAAAAAGAUUAUAUUUAAAUUGAAAGUGAUAAAAUUUCGCCCAACUAAAUAAAUUUUAAGUGAUAAUAAAAGUAUGU